AUGGAAGGGAAGCUGGAUAGCUUGAUCGUGGAUCAGAUCCAUCAGUAUUUCAACGUACCCCUCAAGCCAAGCACACAAUUGCUUAGGCUGUCGAUUGCGGAAUCUGAGCUGGGUCUCACAAGUGGCAUAUGGAGAUUCAACGAAGCCUAGGCGUCUCGGUCUAGUACUUGAGCACAUCUCGACCCAGGCGAAUCUGCAUCGAGGACUGGUCGAGGAGACGAUAAGCUUCCACGUGUCGAUCGUAGCUGACCAAGAUCAGAGGAACGCCUUUGGGAUCAUGUUGGCCACGUCUGUGAGCCGGUACGGUGAGCCAGGCCUGACACUCGAAGACUCUGAGGGGAGCCAUGGUCGGGUUCAGCCUGACCAGCGAUGGUUGCGGAUGUCACCGCGUAGAACCGCGUGAGGCGAGAUAUUCUUGGUGUGGAUGCAGCACAUGGCAGCCUCAUCCCAGCAACGGCGCGGAAGACCGGAAGGGUGAAGGAGCGCCAGAGUGCCUCCCACAAUCGACGAAUCGAGUCGCUCGGCCCGACCAUUCUGCUCGGUUGUGUGAGGAAUGGUCAUCUCGCGUUUGAUGCCGCGCGCCACGCGAAAGCCAUUGAAGGACGAAGAGACGUAUUCACCACCGUUGUCCGAGCGAAGGGUUUUCACUCGUCAACCCAUGGCGUUUUCCACCUUCAGCAGCCAGUCCUUGAGCGCCUGAAAGACGUCGCUGCCUUCGUCGAGGGCUGCAAACUCACGGAACACAACUACAUUGACUGA